UUUUUUUUUUAAAAAAAAAAAAUAUUUCUCCUUUUUUUAAAAAAAAUAUUAUUUUAAGGUUUUGUCACAAAUAUACUUAAAAAAACAUAUUAAAUAUUUCUACAUUCGGUUAUAUCUUCUAUCAAGAAUUUUCUUUACGUUAAAAAACAACAACAACAAUAAUAAUAGUAAAAUGUCGACUACAACACAAGAUUCUCUUAUUCAAACACCGACAUUAAUACCAUCAAUUUGUUUUUUCAUAACGUUCACAUUAAUGACAUUACUUCACUUUGUCAAAUAUAUUAAAUUUAAAAGAGCGAUAUAUUUAUAUUUAUUAGUAUUCAGUUUAUUAAGAACUAUUCUUUUCAUUAUUCGUAUUGCAUGGUCACCAAAUCCUGAUUUAACACUUUUAGGAAUUAUUUCAAACGUUUUAUUAUUAGGAGGAUUCUUUGUUAUACUUGAAGCUUUAUAUAAAUUAUUAACAGAUUGGCUUCACUUAUUAAUUGGAGAAAGGACAAUUUCUUCUUUACCAAAAUGUGAACAAAAUUCAAUAAUAUUUUUAAAAUUAAUUUCACCAUUAUUUUCAAUAAUAGGAGCAAUAGGAGAAGCACUUGCAACACAAAAUAUUUCAUUAACCUCAAUAUUUCGUCAAGCUUCUUCAUUAGGAUUUUUAUGUUUAAUAGUUAUUUAUAUAUUAUUAGUAGCUCAUUUUGCUUUAAAAUAUGGUGAAGUAGCAAUUAGAAAACAGUUGAAAGCUUUGGUAUUAUUCAUUUCAGCUGCUUUAUUAUUAAUUGAAUUAGUUUAUAGAACAUUUGUUUCCUUCUCACAAGAAUCCACUCCUAUAUAUUAUGAAUGGGUAUUUUAUGUAUUUGAAUGUGUACCUGAGGCUGCUUUACUUCUUAUUUUAGGUGAAGUUAUCUUGGGUGAAUGGUUUUAUAAUGUGGAUGAUGAUAAUAAGUUAAAAAUGGCUCAACAAUUAGCCAAAUUACGUUCAAAGGGGAAAUUUGGUGCGAACAUGAUUAAUAAAAUUCAUCAAAAAGAAGAAAAAGAAGGAGAAUCGAAUUCUCAGGAAGAUUCAUCAAAUAUAAUUGUUAUAAGGAUGGAUGAUGAUGGCAAAUUAUCACCAAUAAAUUCAACAGAUAAUGCAAAUAAUACAGCAACAGAUAUAACAAAAGCAACAACAAAAAAUACAAAUGCAAAUACAAAUGUCAAUUCAACGGAUUCAACUGUAUAACGGCAUUUAACAUGUAUAAUAAUAAUUAUAUCUAUCUCCUUAAAAACCAGUAAUAAUUGUAAUAACAAUAAUGAUAUUAUUGAUAUAGCUUUUUUUUUACUUCAUUUUACUUGUAUGAUAUUUUUUUUUUAUAUAUAUAUAUAAUAUAUAUAACUUUGUAAAAAAACACU